AUGGGUCAAUUAACUCUGUAUGAUUUUUUCCAGUCCAAGUUCGCUGUACAGGAUUUUUCUGUCUUCAGCCUAGAUGACGUAGAUGCCGCGUUCGACCUCGUCACUCAGGUCAAGUAUCAACAGACGAUAAAUUUGCAUGGUCGCGGUAGAGGUCUUUGCAUUACUCCUCUACCUUCAGGCCACACUCUCGGUGGGACAAUAUGGAAACUAGUUAAGGAAGAUGUAGACAUUGUGUAUGCUGUGGAUUUUAAUCACAAAAAGGAGCGACAUUUGAAUGGAGCGACAUUUGACGCGUGCAUGCGUCCUCAUCUUCUGAUACUGGAUGCAUCAAAUGCAUUAUACGUACAUCCUCGAAGAAAGGAUAGAGACGAACACUUGCGUCAGUGCAUCUUGAAAAGUCUCAGGCGUGGAGGAAACGUUCUGGUCACUGUGGAUACUGCUGGACGGUCUUUGGAGAUUGCUCAUUUCUUGGAACAGUGUUGGUUGAAUCAGGAUUCUGGAUUAAUGGCCUAUGGGCUUGCAAUGCUGAAUUUCGUUACAUAUAAUGUGGUUGACUUUGCCCGUUCAAUGGUCGAGUGGAUGUCAGAGAAAGUGAUGCGAACGUUCGAAGAUCAACGCACCAAUCCGUUCCACUUUAGGCACAUGCAACUGUGCCACACUUUAGAACAGUUGGAUGCGGUACCGGAACCGAAGGUAGUGCUUGCAACCUUAUCGGACUUAAGCUGUGGAUAUGCCAGACAACUAUUCGCCGAAUGGGCUGACAAUGAUUUGAACACCGUGAUUCUGACUUCGCGGGACACAUGCUCUCCGGUUCCUGUAAACACUGAUGAUCCUGAAACCUCAUUGUUGACCCGACUUAUUGGUUUGGCCACAGGGGAUCCAGCUGCACAGAAUAACCUUACUCGGAGCUCCACGGGGACUCUGAUUCUUCCCUUCAGUUUAUCCCAGCGUUUAACACUAGAUCAGAUUGAGCGAAUGGAGAACGAAUUGCCUCGUCUGCGCAAUCUUGUUCAAUCCGAUGAUGAUCAUCUGGAGCCAACUACUGAGGUACCCAUGAUGGAAGAUACUGUCGCCUCUGAAGUCGCUCCCAGAGAAGACGUACCUUCCCCAACUACAGUGGGUAGUCAAUCGACAUUCACGGGCAACGUUUCUCGUGGAUCAACGGAAGUUGCUGAAACUCGUUCAGAUAAUGUAGAUAGUUCGAGCGUGGUGACCUCCCCGUCUGCUACCAAAUCCGCUUCGAUAUCUACAACAUCGGUUGUUGUGACUUCAACUGGUCCCACACCUUUAUUCACUUGCUCGGCUUCACAAUCCGAGAGGGAUAUCGUUUCUGGUUCAGGCAGUCGAUUGCUUGUUAGUCAACUCUCUGUCAAUCGUUCUGCUAUACAACCGGCCUCUGGACUUCCACCCGACUCGCCGAUAUUAACGGGAUUUAGUAGUCAGUUGACGUUUGGACGUCAUCAGCCUGGAUAUGACAUUUAUCCUGGAUUACACAAUCAUGCGGGCGGUCAAUUCUUCCGUAUGGCCAAACGAACACAACUCCUUUUUCCGCAGACUGAUCGAAAAGUCCAUUGGGAUGAAUACGGUGGUCACGUGGAUCGCGAUAUAUUCGCGUCGAACGAGCGUCCCCCCAUGGUGAUUACGGAGGGGAAACAUAAAGGAUCCAAACCCCCGACCACAGUUCCCAUCGAAUCCGAUCCGACCAAUUUGCUUCCUUCAACCCUGCUAAACUCGCUCACUGCGAAGGGAUUGCAUUUAGAUGAUAUCGAGAAGACGCGGUGCGUAACACAUCAACUGGAGAUUCCCUUACGUUGUGAGCUGCUAUUUCUCGAUUAUGAGGUAAAUGCUUGA